AAAAAUCAUAUAAUAUCAAAAGUGAUAUCAAGGAAAAAAAGAAGGAAAACGAUUUUGAACACGGUAAUGGUAAUAUGCAAUAUGAUGAUACAAAUAUGCUCAAAAGAAAGUUGAGUUUGGAAGCUACUGAUGGUACUACAAUGCGUAAAAAGCAGAAAAAAGAAAAUAUAAAUUCAUUUAUAAAUGGUACGACUAGUGAAGAAUGUACAAGAAUUACAAAAGAACAUGAAAUGAAAACACUUCAAGAUUCUCAAGAAACCAACAACAAAGAUGAAAAGAAGAAAGAAGAUGAAAUAGAUAUGGAUAAACAGAUAGAAUAUUUGGAUGGAAGAAUUUUUAAAGAAAGCUUUAAUUCUGUAAAUGGCUUAGAUACAUUAAAAAAAUUUGUAAAAAUGUGCAAUGAAAAUAAGAGAAGAGAUUUUGCUGCAGAAUAUCUAGAUGCAGGUGGUAAUAUUUUGGAAAUAAUAAAAUUUUUAACUGCAGAAAAGAAAGGAGUUCGUGAUACCAUUACUGUAUUUUCUGCAUUAAAAAUAUUAUUAAUAAAAAUAUUAUCACAGUAUCCACAGUAUCAAUCUAGUGCAGAAGCAGCAUGUCGCCAUUUGAUUAAUUCACAUUUAUCAAUAAUUCAUUCAAUGUUGUCUAUACAAAGUAAUGCGAAACAACAAAAAGUAGUUUUACAACUACUUGCUGCAAUAGUUUCAUUUGGUGGAAAUCUUCCACGUGAAUUACUCACUCAUUUGUCUUUACCAAUGGAAGUUAUUAAAUCUCUUGUGCAACAUACAAAACCUACAGAUGACCAAAAUACAAGGAAUUGUUUUAUUCAUUUUAUUUUGGCUUUCUUAAUAGAUGGAAGUACACCGAUUAUUAGAACUCUUUUAGACAAACGUGAUUUGUUUUAUAGUAUAUUUCCUGAUUUAAUAUAUGAUUCUAAAGAUAUUAUUGUGUUAGUUUUAACUACUUUUAAAAUUCAUAUUCUUCAAAAUCUAAAUAUUAGUAAAACUAUGAAGUUACAACUAUUUCCAAUAUCAAUUAUUCAAAAUUUGGUGAAUAUCUACAAUUGGAAAGGUCCAAAUAAUUGUCCAAAACUCAAAAAUCGGAGUUUUAUUUCAGACUCGCAAAAUGUUGAAGAAAAACAGAUAGUUACUGAAGUUGUACAUGAUUUUUUAAUUUUAUUGUUAACAUCACAUCGAUAUGGUAUUGUUUUUCAUGAUCAUAUGCUUGGUACUUCACAUAUAAAACAUAAUCAUGUGAUAAAUACAAUACUUCAAAAUAUAGACAGACCUUGGGAAUAUGAAAAACCAUCGAAUUUAGUAAUUAAAAUAAUGACAGCAUGUCCUGAUUUAAUUAAAGCACAAUUUAUUCGUUUGGAACCAUACAUCGAACCCAGAGUUUCAUUAAAAUGGAUCAAAGCGAUGAAAUUUGUAAAAGAGACAAUACAAGCAGUAGAUGUAGAUAUUUGUAUAAAGACAUGUUCGUUAGAAUUAAACGUAUUACAAUUAGCAAAUGCAGUAUUAUCUAUAACUUUGCCAGGAAUAAUUUUGAAGCAAGCAAUCAUACCAUCUUUGUCUUCUUCUAAUGUAAUAACACAGCAUGAAGCAAUACUUACACUUACGUGUAUGCUUCAUCAGAUACAGAAGUACUUAUCAAUAUUAAAAACAGUUUACAAGGAAGAUACUGAUUUCUCCACUUUUAAGAACUGUGUAACAGAAUAUAUGAUAAAGAAUGUACCUAAUGUAAAUAUGGUCUUGAAUAUGUGGAGCAAUGCUUUCAGUUCACACACAAGUCCAAUUGAAAAUAAUAAUAAUGAUAUGGAAUGUAUUUUGGAACCAAAAAAAUAUGAAUACUUGACGGUUAUUUUAAAUUUAUUGCAUCUGUACAAUGAAAUAUGUCCAAAAUUAUUAGAUACAUCAACUGAUAUACCAUGUGAUACAUUUUUAAAUACAUUGAAUAAAUUAGAAGAAGAUACCAACGUUGAUGAAUUUAAUGCCAUAAAAGCAAAAGCUAUACAAUUUCUAGUUAUAUUGCAACCUUAUAAAUUUUCACCGCUUAAAAAAAUAUUUAACGAUGUAUUAUCAUUUUUGAUAUCUGCUUUAAAUGAAGAAACAUCUUCAACUACAUUAUGUGUAAAGGCAACAAUCAGAGUUUUGUUAAAUGCUACUGGAAUGUUUGAAGGAUGUAGCGACCACUUAGAUAUUUGGAUUAAUGGUUUCAUAAAUUUAGACGAUAGAAAGAAAUUAAUAAAAUGGUUUAUUUCUACUGUAAAGAAAACUGCUAAAGAUAUCGAAAAAUAUGUAAAUGAAAUAAUUAGAGCUGAAGAAGUUAUUAAUCAAGAAGUAGUUCAUGUUGGCAAAUUACAGGACAUAUUUAAUGAACUUGCAGAAAAGUCUGCUAUUUACCAAAAUUUGGAAAAUAACAUUUUGCCUAUGCAACAUUUCACAUCAAUAUCACCUCUUUUAUGUUGCAUGUUACAUGAAAUGAAGGAAGAUUCACAUCUUUCGAUAUUAUCUUAUUUAUCUUACAUUUUAAUACAUACGUUGCAUUAUCAAGUAAUGCCUCAAUGUUUAAUACAUUUAGCUAAAGAUAUACCAAAAUUACCAGUAAAAGAGUAUUUAUUAAGUUGGUUAGAAGACAAUCAAUCUGUUUAUAUUAAAAACAUAGUUCCUUCAAUGACUUUAGUAUGUAAAUUAAAUUCAAUGUUUUUGAGUGAUACUAAAUUACACGUGGAUCAAAUAUUUGAUGGUAACAAUAUAGUUACUUUUCAGUAUAAUAAGGAGAUUAUAACAAUUCACCAUUCUUUAUCGAGAUAUGAAAUUAUAUAUUUGUUUAAAAUGACUAUGUUCUAUUUAGUACAACACACUAAAAAAGGUGUUUUGACAAAAAUACAAUUUGAUAAUUAUAAAUAUUUUUUAAUAUUAUUAUUGCACAUUGCAAAGGAUAGUUCAAAUAGCUUUAUUCUUUUGGAAGAAUGUGCAAAAUCGAUUUUUACUCAUCCUACUAUUUUACAUUAUUUUUCUCCAGUUUAUCAAAGAAAUAAAAUUGUUGUAAGAAGUAUGAUUACUCUUAUAGUUACGGAUAUUUGUAGUGUAUUAAUUGACUUGCAUAAAAAAUAUACUAGAAAUCUAUUUAUUCAUUUCAAAAAUAAGUUACUUACACAACUAUGUAAAAUGAUAGACAAAAGACAAAAAGAUGGAAAAAUAAAUAGUCUCGAUAUGAUUAUUACCUUGUUAGAGGUAUUACAACCAACAUCAAAAGAUAUUGUACAUUUAUUAAAGAAAAUAGUACAAUUGGAGGAUAUCAUGUUUGUCUCAAACGAUGAAAAAUGUUUAUCAAUAUAUGGACAUACAGUUCCUAAGCUUUUAGAAAUCAUUAAUGCUAAUGAAAUGAAAUCGGAGCGAAAUGUAUUUUUUGAGUUGGAUGCAAAAUUUACCAGAAACUUGUGUUUACAUUUACUUUUUCUAAAACUGAAAUUAAUUACCAAUUUUGAAAUAUGGGAAACAACUUUAUGCAAAUAUCUUUCAAAUUUUUCAUUCAAUAUUGGUGGUAUUGAUGCAGAUAUUUUUUUGUCAUUGUUAUCAACGAAAAUUAUGGACACAACUGUAAAUUUAAUUUCAUUUUUAAUUGGAAAAAAUAUAAAAUUUAUACCUAUUUUUAUAGAAUAUAUAAAAAAGUCGGAAAAUAUGGAAAAAGCUAACAUUGUGUUACCAAUAGUUGCAAGUAAUUUAAAUUUUAAAUGGAAUCAAGAUUUUUUACAAAGUUUGAAAAAACGUUAUAAAGCUGAAAUUGUAUCUUAUUUGUGUGAUCCUAAAAAUGCAGAAUCUUGGAUAGAAAAAAAUGACACUGCAAUUUGUUAUUUAAUUAAAACUACAUUUAAUCUUAAAAUGUGCAAUGAUAUAUGUAACAUGAUUUUACAAAGUGGUGAUAAAUUGGAUGCAGUAUCUAUACACUACAUAAAAAUUCUUCAAAAUAUGUACAACAAAUUUGCUGUCUUAGAACCGGAGAGCGAAAAACUUAUUAUGAAUUUAAUACAAAUUUUUCUUCAUAUAAUUACUAUGACUUUAAAAAAGGAGUCUAAGAACGUUCAAAAACUUUGCAUCCUCUGUGAAGUAUUAAACGAUGCUGUUAAACAUUUAAGAGAAAAAAUAAAAGUUUUUGAAUUUGAGGCGUUAAGUACCAAUCAUUUAUGGUUACAAUUUACACGAUUUUGUUUAAAAUUUGGGCUCAAAGGAUCAAAAAAAGAUAAGGAAGUAGUACCAAUAAUAAAAACUUUAAGCAUUUUAUGUGAUAUUACAUAUAGAAAUAAUAGUAACAAUGAACAUGUCAAAACUUUGUUUGAGAUGGUAACUUCUCAUUCCGAAUUUAUUAAUAUUAUGUUGGAAUCGUCAAAUACUAAAAGAGAUUUAAUAGAAUUGCUAUGGAUUCUCAUACAAAAAAAUAAAGAAGUUAUGUCACUAACACAUGUACCUGUUUAUUUAGCGGCAUAUAAUGCUACUUUAAGCGAAGCUGAUCAAUUUAUUUUAUUUAUUUUGCAGUAUUACGAAAGUAAUAAUAUCAAUAUCUACAAAUAUCAGCCGUAUGUCUGGGGAAAUAUGGCCACAACGUAUUACAGCGUGAAAAGUGAAAUACAUUUGAGUUUAUGGAGGCAACCAUCUGUUAUGCAAGUUUUAAAUUUAUUUGAAGAAGAUAUAGUAAACAGUACUAUAAAGGAAUAUCCUGUGGAUAGAGAUUUGAAGGAUAAUGAAUUAUAUAGAGCAAAUAAUAAUGUAUACGACCCAGCAUUUUAUUUACCGUUAUUAUAUUUUCUAUUAUCAGAAAAUAAUGUCGUAUCAUGUUAUAAAGUUGCUCAAAGUGGUGCACUAGCCUUAACAUUUGCUGCAUGUAGCAGCAAGCAUUCUAAUGUUCGAAUGAUAGCUUAUACAAUUAUUGCAAGAUAUUACACUCAUUUGGAAGCUUCUAGCUCUAAAACAAGAUUAUUAUGGAUGCGAUUAAUAGAUGCAUUGCGUUACGGUAUUAUAUCACAACAAUCAGAAUUCAAUAAUAUACGUAUAAAUUGUUUAGUUUCCACGUUCUUGGCAAAGACGUCUUUGAUUACUACGCAACCAUUGCAUCCUCUUUAUUCAGUCUUACAGAUAUUUUUGGUAGCUAAACCAGCAUUAGAUAUAAACACGAUACCUGAAUUGUUGCAACUUUUACAUAGUUCUGAUAUAGAGCAUAAAAUACAUAGAUGUUGGAUUUUGGAAAAUAUUCGCGAUAGUAUGAAAUCAGAGGCUGAGUUAGACAUAGCUUUUAAAUGUGUUUUGUUUAAAAUGCUUUUUGAUUUUUAUAUUUCCAGUCUCUCAGAUUCAAAUACGAAGAAACUUAUUUUGGAAAUCAUUGAUGUCACAUUAAAAAUUAGGAAAGCCUCUAUACUUUUUAUAGAGCACUAUGGAAUAUUCCCCUGGUUAUUAGAAGUUUCAAGGAAUUUGCACAAACAAGAAACAGAACAUUUUGAAUUAAUAGUAAAAAUGAUGGACAAACUUCUAAAUACUAUAUUGAAUAUGAAAGGCGAUAUUACCCAUUACAAAUUAAUGCUUUUAAAUAUUGCAUUAUGUUUAAAGUCAUGUUUAUUUACAGAUAUUAGAAUUAGAGUUUUUAUAUCAUAUAUCAAUAUUUUGCAAAAAUUACUGCUCUCGAGACAUAUGAAAAUAAUUGUUACCAAAGAAUAUAUACUAGAAAUUGUGGAGUUUUCGAGAAAGAUAUUAGAUAAUAUAGAGGAAUGCGAUGACAUGCUACGUUUCGGUUGCGAGUACGUAACUAAAAUAGAUUGUUCAAAAGAUGACGAUGAAGUCCAAGUAGCAAAAAAUAGCUUGAGAACAUUAGUAUGGACGUGGUGUGCCCACGAAAUAAAUUAAUUUGUAAUUUUUGUACAUUUUUUAAACAUUUGUAUGUAAUGAAAUUAUAUUUGUCGAGUGUAUUUAAAUAUUAUUCUAUAUAUUACAUCAUUUAUAGUAGCAAGAAGAACUUCAAUUACUUCUUGGAUAAAAUGUGUGUACAAAAACGUCUGCAUUCGGAUCUCUGAACAUUCCUUGAUGGUGCCUUAGUACUAUUGUAACACGAAUAAUGUCUAAAUGUUGUGAGACUGCGCGACCAUUCCUGUAUUCUUUCAUUUGCGGUAGAACAAAGUGAUUUCUUUGUAAA